AUGAGUGAGACUAGAGGGGGCAGCGUGGUGGUUGUGAGGAGGAUGGAAGGAUGGAGACACCUUCGUGAGUUCAAGGCAUUCAAAACGGACGAAGACUUGGCAAAGUUUCUCUUGGACAGUUACCAAACCGGAUCUCAAGUUUCAACCUCUACACCUUUCAAAAAACAGCUAUUUGCUUUUCCAGCACUGUCUAGUAUCCACGGAGACUUGUCUGAGAGAGAUUUUGCAUUUGAAGAGGGGGUGGAGGUCCUGGGGCAAGGUGAAGUCUCAAUCUCUGUAACUGGACAUUUGCCAUCAAGUGGUAUUCCUGUAGAGAUCAACGAGGAGGAGUACAACAGAAUAGAAAAUUCCAUCCUUGAAUCAGACGAUGACCAAACAUGGUCACCAAGCCAAGAGACUGAAGAUGUUUCGUCUUCAGAAGAAGACUGGACAAUUGAAAUGGAAGAGUCUGAGGACAGCAAUGAUGAAGAAUACAUACCUCCAUAUCGCAUAAGGACCGGGGCCACUAUGAGAGAAGUAAUAGAACUUCAAAAUCUCCAGGACAUAAGUGAGGAGGAUACACUUUAUGAUAUUGUCCUUCCUGAAGCACCCCACGAUGACCCAGUGUCCAUACCUGACAAUUGUAAAGUGGCUGUUUCUGGAGACAUUGUUGGUCAGCAGGCUGCAAUAGUGUACCACAAAUUGUGGAGCCCCAGCACCAUACCAGACAGACAUUUCUACCAGAGGAACAGCUAUGGUUGUAAAAUGGAUUUGUCCAAAUGA